AUGAACUUAGGAGCCGGCUCCGAAAUAGCCAUUGACGUGGACGAGGCGGAUAUGUCAAUUCUGGACGAGAAUCUCAAAUCGACAGAUGAGCUGACCGCAACGCUAUCUGCGAAGCUUCAUAGGGUUUCAACAAGCAGCGCUCUCGCAAUUAAGUCAAUCAACCCGCUGAUGGUCAAAAUCAACCGUCUCAAAGUGCAGCAGAGAAACUUCCAAAAUGUAUUCAAGUUGGUGGAGAAUAUUCGGGACUACGCAGAGGAGAUCAGCAGUUUAGACAAAUCAAUGAGCACCUUUAGUGGACUCAACUCCGUCUCACAAAUAACCAGCUUCUGCAAUAUUGUUGACAAAUAUCAGCGAAUCCAGCAUGAAUUGGAAUCCAGGAACUUGAAUGACUUUGAAGGUUUACGCAAAGGACUUGACUCGUCUCUACGAGAUGCCGAUGUAACUCUUAAAUUCGAGUUUAUCAAUAAGCUCAAAACAUUAAGCAAGAGGCUCAAAAGCAAUGGUAAUAAAUACGGAAAGGAAGAGGACGAUAUAAUAGUGCAGCUCAAGCUGAUGUAUGAUUUUAUGAAACGCAGCCGUGCAAAGAAUAUGUUAGAUACCCUGAUCAAGGAAAGAGCAGACUAUAACCUUUCAACUCUUCGUGCGCUUAACUUAGACCUCCCUACGCUUGUCAAAGAUCAAACUUACUACUACGAUGGAGACAAAAACCAAAGGUACUUUGUCAACUAUUCCAAGACGCUGCAGAGUCUUCUCUAUGGAGAGCCGCAUUUUCUUUCCAAGUUCUUCGAUGAUUUCAAUGACAUCAAUCAGCUUCUUUUUGAGAUUUUCUCGCCUUCUCUGGAAAACUUUGUCAAUCAGUUCAACAAUUUCUCAAGCUUUGUUGAAAUUCACCAGUCAAGCUACAGCUCCAUGUAUUUUGAAAUUGAUCACGGUCUGUCAUUGAUUCUAAGCGCUUUCAGAAGACUCAACCUGAUAAUUCCGCGCCAAAUAUCAGAGCUAGAGCCUGAGUCUCUUACCCACUGCCAGUCGGUUUUCCCAGGCUCCUUCAAGUAUAUUGACCAGCGUUAUUCUGACAUGGUGGUCGGUGACAAUGUGAACGAAACGUUGAACAACACAUUCAUGUCUCUCAUUUCAAGAAUCAGUAAGAUGUGCCAGUUCCAAGAAUAUCAGCUGAAAAUAAUCUCAACCAUGAAGAACGGCAGCUGGUUACCUGCAUCAAAACCUCCUGGAUUCCAAGAGGUUAGGAUGGGCUCUAACGAUCCUGCUUUCCUGUUGAGUGUUUUUUAUGGCGAUCUGAUCGAAUACAACUUCUUCCAGCUUGAACGGAAGUAUAAGCCGAAAAUGAGCGAGGAAGACCUUGGAGUUUUCCUGCUAUUUAAUUUGGAUGGGCUACAAAAUUUGCUGGAUAACAGUGGGGGACUGAAGCAGGUUCUUGGGCACACGGGGCUGCAGCGGGUAGAUAGAAUGAAGAAAAAAGCAAUGGAGAAGGCCACAGCGGAAUGGACAAAAAUGACUACCAAGUUGAUGCAGGCAUCUACCAGACAAGGAGACACGUUCAACCUCACUUCAAAAGAACUAGGGAAACUGAUUGACGAGUUCAACAAGAAUUUCGAAGAGAACUUCAAGAAGAUGCAGCACAAGAAACUUCCUGCAUUUUUCAAAAAGCAGCUGAAUCAGGACAUUAACAAGAUGCUUGUUCCGGCUUACAGAGUUUUCUACACCAAUUUUACCUCCAAUGGCUCCUCUAAGAGCGUGGCGAAGCAUUUCAAAUAUGAUAUUAAUGGUUUGCAGAAGAAAAUAGCUGACCUAGGUUAAUCUUCGAUAACUUCCUCAUUUUUCCUCAGUGUAUGAGAGCUUAAUGUUUUUGAAUUUGUAACACCAUCCUCGUUCGAUGCUGCCAGCACCGAAAGGAUGGGUUCCACUCCAAAGCUCAGUUGUCUUUCCACAUGUCCGUAGUCAAGACGACAUUCUUGAGCUCCCGCCUGAGCAUACUGCGCUUUCCAUUCGACAGUUUUAUUCUGGAGGCCUGCUCUUCUCGAAUUGCGAAUGUUAUGCGGGAGGUUCGGGACCACAGAUCCCUCUGAGGCUUCUGUCAUGUUGAAAGGAUGCCAUCUUGCGUCCGGAACUGUUUCGAAGGCGGUAUUAUUUGACAUUGACGAGCCCAACAUCGCCGUGAUAUCGACAGAGCUGCCAUUUUCCGGUGGCAGCUUGAAAAUAGAGCUUGCAUUUUCUUCCAAGAGGUUAUUCGUUGACUCGUGGCUCAAAAGCGGUUUUCUGGUUGCCGGAUCCUCAGAGACCAGAGACCCGGUCAAUGAGUUUAGCGACGACCUUGUAGAGAAGUGUCCUGGAGAGUUCAUGAGCGGUUCGGAGUUUGACUCGUUGGUCUCGUGACUCGGGUCAUCCUCACGCUUGGGAGAGACUGGGUGCUCGGGAACACUUGCCAGACUUGGUUGAGAAGCAAAGUUUGGCCGGUUCGGUUGUUUGUCCUCGUCACUGAAGGCUUGGGAAAGCGCAUCGUCCAUGCCAUGAGAGGCAUUAGUCACGUUUAUGAAGGAAUUGCCCGGAAUUAGAGACGAGCUAAUUAGCCUGGAUUUUGACCGGCACUGGGAAACCAGUGGAGGCGAUCUGGAUCUCAUAUCGUCCCUGCUCUGAGAGGUAGAACGAGAUCUAAUUGGAACUACCUUUAGUUUGAAAUUGCCUCCCAAAUCGCUGCCCUCCAUAUCCGGGUCGUCUCUGAUCCUAUCAAAUCUCGAUCUCCGUUCAUCCACGUAGUACGAAGAACGGUUGGACGAAGAGGUGUCUGGAGUUAUUUGUGAUUCUCCCUCUUCGCAGCUCUGUUUCUCUCUGAUCGCCUCGUCGUACGACGGAGGCAUAUCUUUGGUUGUUUCCUCGAAAUUUGGAGGCGGAUCUUCGAAAUCCAGGCCGUUUGCGCUGAAGCUGGAAUUCUUGAGCAGCUGUGGCGACUGCAGAAGCGGCAAACUGUUGCGCAGAUCUGCACUGCUGGAUUGGGGUGUCAUAAUUGGCGAAAAAGGCUUGGCCUGUGGAGACUGCAAUACAAACGGUGUGCGUCCGUCCGGCUUGUAUAGGUUAGAGUCCGUGUUAAUCCGUUCUCUAGACGAGAGCAGCAUGUCAAUAGAGUCUCUGCUUUGAGGAAUUCCCUCCAUUUGCUCAGAAUAGGAAGGUAGCAGUGUGUUUGCGUGCGCACAGAGCGGAGACAGCAGGUGAAUGGGCGAGUCGAUGGAAAGCUCGAAAUGCUUGCGCUUCUUAGGAUCCUCUGGCGUUGGGGCGGAUCUCGAGAUUCGAAUACAGAUCUUGAUCCAGUGGUGGGACUGGAUAUCUUCGAAAGAGGUGUCUGGGUGCAGCUUGUAUCUGUCUCCGAGUUUUUCCGGCACGUAGACAUGGAACUCGAGUUCUCUAGCAGAGAUUUCAUCUUCGCCGAGUGAAAGCAAAUUGUCCUGCUCAUUGCUGGCUUUGUGCUCCAAUAGCAAGAAUUUCUUUGGUGGCUCUGUGCGGUGGACUCGUUUGUUCUUGCAGUAGUAUUCUAGGUGUUCUGUAAAAUACACCUUGAUCCGGUGGACUUUGAUUUUGUCCAGCGGACUCAGCUUAAAUGAGAUUGGCAAAUACGAGUUCAACAACACCUGUUUCGACGAAACAACUAUCUCGUAGUUCAGCUGGUCUUCCCAAUCUCUGUUGAUCACGAUCGGUUCGUUCUCCUCAAUGGAGUCCUGAGAUGGGGUGCGCACUAUAUUCACCGGUUUUUUUGUCGACAAACUUGACUUGAACGUCCCGCUGCGCUCUAGGAAUGCCUCAAGCUGGUAAUAAACCGAGCCAAACGUGACAUCAAUGGUUUCUGCCGCAGAGGCCGGGAUCGGAUGUUCAAAAGCGUAGAUGUAGUCUCCUGGCACAAACAGUUUUGUGUCAUCAACGCUGGCGUUCGACUUUGCUGGAGUUAGGUCGAUAUCUUGCUGUGACAACUGAGCGAAUAAUCCAGGCCGUGGCGAGCUAGGCCGCUUUCCCUUAAGCACCAUUGCGAGCGGCGAAGGCGACUUCACAGGCAUCAUGUCUGUGAACAUGUCUAUUGCGCUGGUAACGGGGGACAGACCGUUGUCGAGACUAAAAUUCGAUGGCUCGCAGUCGGCAUUGCUCUUUGGAACAAACAGAUCAGCGUUGUUCCGGCUCGUCUCCGUAACCUCGUAUGUGUUUGUAUGGUGAAAGAAAGGCCAUGUGUGCUGGAUGAGAGUGGUUUGCUCAACGUGCUCGACUCUCUUGGGAGGUAUUCCUUCCGGCCAGUCUGUUCGGGACGUACCGGUAAGUUUCAGCGAAAUGGAUUUUAUUUUGACUGGUCUGAGAACGCGCACAAACAGGCACCCGCGAAGAAUCGUGGGAGGUCUCCCUUUCGUCUCCUCUUCUGUGAACCCCUCCAAAAAGAGGUUUUCCUCUGCCUGGAUGAGAUACAGCUUAACGGAACCACUCUCUGCACUAGGCUGUGGUGGAAGCUUGAUGAUAGUCUCGUUGGAAAGCCCCUCCACAGGAAAUAGCGGGGUCCGUAGAAGGUCUGCCAUGAAAUUUCUGAUUGUCUCGUUGUUAACUAAAAUGCUUGGUGUGCAAUACCAGAACUAUUGAAUACCGGCCAUUCAGAGGCAAAAAAUAUGGGUUUGGGUUGGAGCUGGUUUUUUGUGCUGCCAAAGGAUGAGGAGUUCA